UGUGAUGGAAGUGUGGAAGCGCAGAUUCAUUUCUUCUGACUCUGGACUUACAGAAUGAUUCUUUUUGCCGAGAAGCCGAGCGAGACAACUUCUCUCAUUUACUGAGGAAACUGAAUUGGCGUACAGCACCUUUGAACACGACCAAAGGAAUUCAAAUAAUAUUCCUUAUUGCUCAAGAACAUGUUAUUCUGAACGGUAUGAUGGGUGCAGCUGGUGGCAUGGAGGUCUGAAAGAAUGGCCUGCCCUGGUUCUGGUUGGAUGUGGGCCCAGCUUUAAGAUGUAUGGCCCCUGGUACCUGUCUCAGUGAUGAAGAGUACCCCCACCAUCUUCCUACUCACUCUAUCUGUCUUGUGCAGAGCUGAGAUUGUUAGUGGGAAGACGGUGAAGGACACAGUGCAGGAAUGGAACAGGUAUCGGAACGAGUGCAUCAUGAAGAUAAGCUCACAACCCACCACCUCGGGUUUGUUUUGCAAAAGCAUGUUUGAUAUGUACGCUUGUUGGACAGAUGGAGUUCCCAACACAACUGUGAAAGUGCCGUGCCCCUGGUAUCUGCCUUGGUAUGAUCAAGUGCGUAACGGGUUUGUGUCACGGGAAUGUGGUCCAGAUGGCCAGUGGCUCACCGUCAACGACAGCAGCACAUGGAGAGACCACUCACAAUGCAAUGCAGAUGACAGCAAGCAGAUAGAACAGGAGAAUCAGAUGACGAUCUUGGCCUAUUUCAGGGUGAUGUACACAGUUGGUUACUCUCUAUCCCUGGCCAGCCUUUCUUUAGCCCUGGUUAUACUUCUCAUAUUCAGGAAGCUCCGUUGCACACGUAAUUACAUCCACACCAAUCUGUUUGCCUCUUUCAUCCUGCGAGCUGUGUCCAUCCUCACGAGAGACGCGCUUCUCAUGAAAGAUGCUCCUGAGUUCAGGGACAACAAAGAUGUUUCGAUUGUUCUGAGGGACCAGGUGAUGCCAGGCUGCCGUGUGGCUCAGGUCCUGAUGCAGUAUUGUGUUGGGGCAAACUACAGUUGGCUACUGGUAGAAGGUCUAUAUCUUCACAACCUGCUGGUGCUGAUGGUCUUCUCAGAGAACAGUUACUUCUGUGUAUACCUCUUCAUCGGCUGGGGAACACCUGUGCUCUUUGUGGUGCCUUGGAUAGUUGUUCGUUACCUGUAUGAGAACACCAGGUGCUGGGAGAUCAACGAAAAUAUGGCAUAUUGGUGGAUCAUCCGAACGCCAAUCCUUUUGGCGAUUUUAGUGAACUUUUUCAUAUUUAUAAGGAUAAUUCAGAUCCUCAUCUCCAAAUUAAAAGCACAUCAGAUGAGGUAUACAGAUUAUAAAUUUAGGUUAGCCAAGUCCACGCUGACCCUCAUCCCCCUGUUAGGGAUUCAUGAGGUGGUGUUUGCUGUGAUGACAGAGGAACAGACUGAGGGCGUGCUUCGCAAUGUCAACCUGUUCUUCGAACUCUUCUUCAAUUCUUUUCAGGGUUUUCUGGUGGCCAUAUUAUACUGCUUUGUCAAUAAAGAGGUACAGUCAGAAAUCAAAAAGAAAUGGCGGCGAUGGAAACUGGGAAUAAGCAUUUUGGAGGACCAACGUAAUUCAGGUAGCAACGCACAGCAGGGAGGUGCAGGACCUCGGUGUCACCACGACCUAGCCUGCUCUCCAGACUGCCCUCUGGACAGUGGCAGCCAACUGUCCUCGGACCCAACACCCACAGCCACCCUACCAGCUAUUCAACAUCACUACCAUCCCAGAGCAAAGAGAGGCAAGGCAUACUGCUACAUCUCUGCCCGAAAGCAGGUUCUGAACGGGUUGGAUGUGCCAGCGUUACCCCAGUGUGCCGGAGAGGGAGCAGUGAUGUUUUCUGAGAGCUACUGUUGAAUCAUGUGGACUGUGCUGCCCAUUGAUUGGACAAACAAAGCUGGAUAUCAUGGAGUGUCUUGGAAUAUGAGGUCUCAUUGUUUUUGAACUGUCAAAAGCAUAUUACUACAUCACGUUACUCACAUUAUGCCUGACAACCCAUUUUAUUUGUGUUUUUCUUGUUUGGUAUUUACCACUAUACCUCAUUUUGGACACUAGAUGAAUUCUGUUAUGUGCCAACAUUGUGGAUCAACUCAAAGACUUUACCACAAAGUCAUUUAUAUUUUUGAUUGCAUGAGGAUUGUCUGUUCAGAGUUCACAGGUAGGACACACAAACAUCACCUAGCCUGCAAAAUCACCAAAUAGCCCCAAAAAGUAUUUGCACCCUUAAACCACAUAUCCACUACCAUUCAAGAAUCUGGGGUCAAUAAGAUUAGUUAGAAAUUAAUACUUUUAUUAAGCAAGAAUGCAUUAAAUUAAACUAA